UUUUUGGCUUUCGUAUUUAAAAAAGUUUUUUGGAAGAGAUAUAAAUACUAAAAGAAACAACAACAACAUCUACAAAACGCAGAACAUAUUGACAGCAAAAACUACAAAGAAAAUUACAAAUAUUUUUUUCUGGCAAAAUUCCGUCCACUUAUUGAAAUUUAAUAGCUACACUAAACAAGACAAACGAACAAAACUAAUGUUGGGGUCACUGCGUUAAAAAGACAAAAGAAAUCCUUUUUUUAGAAACAUUAAACUCAACAAUAGAAAAAAUGGAACUUUAGCUAAACUCAAAAAAUCUAAAAAAAAUUUAUAAAAGACAGACAAAAAAACCCUUAAUGGCCUAGUUUGCAUACUCAAAAAGGAAAACUAUUAAUAAUUUAAACAAUAUAAAAAUAACAAACUAAAAGGAUUGCAUUAAUUCCCUAUUAAAAAUAAUAAACAAAUAGAAAUCUAUCAAAGAAAACACACAAAUUGUCUUCAUAUUACAAAACGAGAUCGAAACAAAACUUAACUGAUUUCCCUUAAAAAUUCAAACAAAAAACAAACACUACGACGCAAAUGACUGAAUCAACACAAUUACAAACAGCAGAGAAUAAUAACGCAGGGGUUGUUAAAAUGGAACCAUUACCGCCUGCCGCCACCACAGCCUCAACAGCCAAUACAAAUUUGGCCACUUCGCCAGCACCAUCAUCCGUUAUGGAACAACAGACACAACAACAGCAAACGGCUGCUAUAAUAAGUGCAACAUUACAACAGCAACAGCAGCAGUUGCAACAACAGCAACAACAAUAUGCUUUAAAAUGGAAUGAUUAUCAAACCUCUAUGUUGAGUUCAUUUCGUCAUUUGAGAGAUGAAGAAGAUUUUGUCGAUGUUACUUUGGCCUGUGAUGAACGUUCCUUUACCGCUCACAAGGUCGUACUGAGCGCUUGUAGUCCUUACUUUCGUAAAUUGUUAAAGGCAAAUCCAUGCGAACAUCCCAUUGUUAUAUUAAGAGAUGUGCCGGCCGAUGAUGUGGAGAAUUUAUUGAGCUUUAUGUACAACGGCGAAGUCAAUGUGGGUCAUGAACAUUUGCCGGAAUUCCUAAAAACCGCCCAUUUACUACAAAUACGAGGUCUAGCCGAUGUCAACAAUGGCUCUUCGGCCUCUUUCACACCUACACUCGCUUCCUCAACGCCCUCCAAUAAAUUGAAUAAUACAGCGCUAAACAGUCAACUAUCGGGCAGUACGAACAAAUUGAAUUUCUUGACAGCUGCUACCCAAGCUUUAAGCAAUUCCUCCAACUCACCAUUCACAACACCAUCUCUAGGAUCGACUACACCUUUGAAUAAUUUAUUAAAUAAUAGCAGCAGCAAUCUAAAUAAUAAUAGCAGCAAUAAUAAUAACAACAGCAACAAUAACAAUAAUAACAGCAGUAGCAACAACAAUAAUAAUAACAAAAAUAACAAUUCGAAUAGUGGAAAUACCCCUGCCAUACAGGAAUUGAAGGCCUCGUCAGCGUCUCCCGUAAGAAAAUCAAACAUUAACAAUAAAGCUAAUCAUUGGGACUUAUCGGAUUCGGAUAGCAAUCGUAAUAAUCAUUUGACGCCUCCUCCUCAGAAAAGAAUAAAAAGUGCUGAUUUGUUUCGUGCCCAACAUGGUAUCAGUCCUGAACGUUUGCUAAUCGAUCGUGAAUUCCCAGUAGCUGGUCAACAUCCUUUAACACGUAAUCGUGAUCGUAGCCGUGAAACCUCACGUGAUCGGGAUCGUGAAAUGCGUGAAUCUUUGUUGGGCCAGGCUUUGGAAAAUACAAAUGGUUUGCAGAAACAACAUCCCGAUAUGGCCUCCCUACAUGCCCAAAGCGCUGGCGAAGACUCAAAUAGUUCCGAUACUGAACCCUCUGAUCGCGGUGAUGCCCAACAUGAUGGCACUAUGGACUCUAUGGACAAUCAACGUUCUCAUUCCUUCCCCAAUGCCUUUUUAGGUUUACAAGGUAUACCCGGCCUAUUGCCAGGUCCUUCCGGUAUGGCUGCUAAUGAUUUCGCUGCAGAUGUACAGCAAAAUCUGGGCAAAUUUUUAAGUACCACACAAAUUAAAGAGGAACUUAAAGAAGAUGAAGAUAUUAAAGAGCUAGACUCAACACAACACAAUAAAGAUACUUUAAGCGAACACUCGGCGACAAUGGCUGAUAAAAGAGAAACAAGGGAAACGAAUUCGCCGCCCCAUAGACCCACUGCAGCUCAUUUGAGCCCAGAACAAAAUCAUUUGUUAGUUUCUCAUUUAAACAAUAAUAUAAUUAAACAUCGUUCUGCCAAUUCAUCGCCAGCACGUUCUAUACGUUCGUGGCAUGAUAGUGAUGAUGAGAAUUUUAUAGAUGAUGAUGGUGCUUCCUCGAUAUCAUCGGCCAUAUCGUUGACUAUGAAAACCUCUAGGCAUAAUAGUGAAUCGACUUUGUAUCAGGCUUUACUCAAGAAACAACAACAGCAGCAACAUCAACAACAACAUCAGCAACAUAUGAUAACAGAUGCUACAGAACAAAUGCCUCCACAUCAAAGACAUCGAACAGAACAUGCAGCACAGCAACAUCAGCAUUCACAUCAACAGCAGCAGCAGCAACAACAACAGGAGCAUCAACAGCACAAACAUCAACAACAUCAGCAGCAACAACAACAACAAUAUCUAGAUGAAUUACAACAAUCUGCUGUAACACAUCAACAACAAUUAACCGCCAAUCUUUUGAUGGCCCGUACAAUAGCCUUUAGUCGUUCUCGCGACUUUCCCGAACUUUUUCAAAAUCCCGCAGCCGUAGCAGCAGCAGCCGCUGCAGCUGCCACCGCCUCUGCCGCUUCAGCCAAUGCUGCGGCAGCUGCUGCUUCCAGUAGCAACUACAUGUUACCUUGUCCUCUUUGCGAAACUCCCCUAGAGCAGCGUGUCUUUCGCCAACAUCUCGAUCGUCAUUAUCCGCGUGAUAGUCCUGUCUGUCCGGUCAUCGAAUGUGGUCGUCGUUUUGCCCAUCCCAAUUCGGUGCGUAAUCAUAUGCGCAUUAAGCAUACACUCCAAUGGGCGAAAAUGAAAGCAAUGCGUUCUUCGGGUGGACCUUUUGCGGGUGGGCCGGAUUUUAAAUGAAACUGUGAGGGUGAUUAGUUUGAAAGCGUGUAACGUAAACAAUAACAUUCCAAGAUAAAAAAGAAACCAAAGAACGUAUACGUUUAACGUUUAGUUUUAUAUUGUAGACCAAAAAAAAAGGCUUAAUUAAAAACAAAAGAAUUCAGUUUGAUAAACAAAUAAUCAAAAUGCUUCCUUAAGGUAAAAUUUAAGAAAAAUAAGAUAUUUACAAAGAUAUAACAACACCGUAAAUAAGUGUAAAGCAAAAAAGAUAUGUAGAAAUAUCGCCAAUAUGGUGAUUAUAUAGACGAAAGUUUAGGGUAAUUUAAUAAAAAAUUUAAACAUAUUUUAAAAGAGUUUCAAAAUUGUAUUUCAAAACAUCUCUGGCUAGCGUGUGAUAACUUUAAGAACUCUUCAGCAUAUGGUGUUCUAUAAAGCUCUUUCCCUCUUAAGCGUUCUUUUCCAAAACUUCUAGUGUUCUCUUUCGCUAUUAAAAGUUUUAUAAACUCUGUCUCGUUAACUACAGUUAGCUUUUGAAAACUUAAUGUUUUCUAAAAGUUCUUUCUUUCCCUGGAUCUGGCCUAAGUGUUCAAUUCUAUUCGAGUGUUAAAAGAAUUUGGUCUUUUUUUAAAAGCUCUUUAGUAACUCUAUCCAUAGUUCUAGUGUUCUCUUUUCCAAGGUUUAUAUCUCUCUCUCUCUCUGGCUGGUUUAUGUGUACGAAAUAACUCGAUGCUAUUCGAGAAAGUUAAAUGAAUGUUCUCUUUCGAUAGAAAUCUUUAUAAAAUCUUGUUUAAUAACUCUCUUGCCGGCUUAAUGCUUCAGUGUUCUAAUUCUCCCAUUACAUAUUGAAAAUUCUAUAUGAGAAAGUUUAAAAAUAAUGUGUAGAGAAUUUGUAUUUAGAUUAGGGUACAAGCUUAAAAGCUAGUGUACUUUUCAACAACACUCUCUUAUGCUUAGUUGUCUCUGAAAGAACACUUUCGUUAGUUAAUCGAUUCUAAUGUCUAUAUGCUUUAUAAUUUGUGAAUUAUAUCUCUCACAAACUCUCUCUCUCUUCUGUAUAGAUUUAUGUUCUCUCUCGCUUAACAGAGCGCUUUAGUCUUAUGCUUAGUUGUCUUUGAAAGAAAGAUUUCUUGUUGUUAAGUAGAUUUUUUAACUUCUGCUUUAUAAUUUUUAAUUAUUUCUCUCACAAACUUUCUCUCUCUCUCUUUUCUGUACAGAUUUAUGUUCUCUCUUGCUUAACAGAGAGCUUUUAUCUUAUGCUUAGUUGUCUUUGAAGGAACUUUUGAUAUAUUUUAAGUUAUUUAGUAGAUUGCAUAACUUCUGCUAACUAGAGUGCUAUUUAAGAUUACGGUCUUAUGCUUAGUAGUCUCUAAAGGAACUCUUUCGUUAAUUGAACGCUUUUUUGCUGUUAGGCAUAUUUGAACGAGAUGUUUAGGUGAUUUAUAACUUCAUAAAUAUAUAUCCAGCUUAAGACGCGACCAGUGAAUAAUUCUCUCAGUAGCUUAAAGGUUUUUAAAUAAUUUUCUAGCCUUUUUAAAGGGUUUCCAAAGAACUUAUGCGUUAGUUUUAGGUAAUUUCACACUCUAAAGUUUUUUAAGGAAAUCUCUUUGAAAAUUUCAAAAUUUUAAAGAAUUCUUCAUAAUAAUAAUGAAAAGAAACCAUUUCCAA